UAUUAAAAUCAUUUAUUUAUUUUUAUAUUCGAAAAAGCAUAAAUAAAAAGGACGAAAAAUACACGAUAAUGCGCGACAAAUUUCACGAGAUGGUGAGAAUCAGCUAUAUCGGAGUGACAGUACUGAUUUUGUUCUGGCGAUUUCCGGCCGCCUCCGCCGCCGGCGAAGACUGCAGCACCGUGACGGCGCUGGUCUCCACCUGCUCGAAUUUCGUGAUGUACGGGUCGCCGGAUCCGAUUCCCGGGUCACCCUGCUGCACGGCGAUGACGAGCCUGAACAACCUGGCGGAUUCAGGCGGCGGCAACCGCCGCACCGUGUGCCAGUGCUUGAUGGAUCUAAUCAAUACCUACAGCUCCAACGCCACCGCCAUCGCCACCUUGCCCGGCUUCUGCGGUGUUUCUCUCGGAUUCGUCAUCGACCCCAACACCGACUGCGAUUACGUCGACCAAUACGCUAAGCUGGAAGGAAGGAAGCUGAAUCUCAGAAGCUUAUAGUCAACGGUUGAUGGCUGACCAAAGUGACACUUUCCAAGUUUUUCUUUGUAAUAAAAAUAAAUAGAUUCUAAAGAUUUUUUGUUUCUAAUUAUCAGUUAAAAUAAUAAUUAAAUAUGAAUCAAUAUUAACUCACAUGUAAUUUGACCACACAUAAUUUUAUAGUUUUAUUCGAAUUUAUGCAUAAUAUUCA